AUGGAAGUAUCAGGAAGAAGAGGGAAAGAGAAUGAUUUCUCACCAUCCCUUCCACGUGGUUCUGAUGAAUCAGAUGCUGAGCAGCUUUACUGUCUCCCGUGUAAACAAGACGGAUCUCGGGUACCAGCCUAUGGAUAUUGUCAGAACUGUGCUGAACAUUUGUGCGAGACAUGCUACAAAAUCCAUACCAAACCAUCACCUUGCAGGAAUCAUAUCCUUCUAGACAAGACACAAAUGCCAAAAUCCCAGAAUUCAAGUACACAAACAAGUCCCAAAGAUUUGACUGAAACAUGCCAACACCACCAUGGUAAAGUUAUAAAGUAUUUUUGCAAGGAUCAUAAAACGUUAGGUUGCAGCCCAUGUAUGACAAUGAACCACAGAAAUUGCAAGAUCGAUUACAUUCCAGAUGUCUCCAGGAACUACAUAGCCAGUCCUCAGUACCAGAGUCUUCUACAGACAUUGCAGUCUUUACACGAAAAUGUGAAGGAAAUGACCAAAUCAAUUAAAGAGAACAAGAAAAUCAUUCAAGAAAACCAAGAUAAAGUCAAGACAGAUAUUCAGAAGUUUAGACAAGAAAUCAACACUAAACUUGACGAAUGGGAAGCUCAGAUCUACAAAGAAGUUGAGAGUUUAUUUUCCCGAGAACAUCAGAGGACAGAUUCAAUACUUGCCCAAUGCUGCGAAAUGACAGGGAGGAUUGAAACACACCAAAAAAGCUUCAAAACUCUGGAACAAGAUAAGAAAUGCAACAUGAUCUUUAUACAUGGCAAGAAAAAGGAAGAGUCAAUUAAAGUGGACAAGAAAAUUGAACAGAAAUUACAACAAGAAACUAAAGCUAACAAUUAUAUGUUUCAACCAAACGUGGCAAUCAAAAAUCUACUGAAGACAGAAAAUACCUUAGGAAAGUCAGUAGCCUUCAACACUGAUGAAGAGUCCAAAACGAAAAAAAUGCAAGACCAAGCUGAAGAUGAUAAAACAAAUCUAUCCACUCACUUUCAGUUGCGGCCAAAACAUCAUGAGAAUGUGUCGAGUUCAGACAUUUAUGUUACUCUGUUAGAUCAAAUUAAUGUUAAGACUGUCAGCGAACAUGGUUGUAACAUAACUGGACUUGCAGUAAUUGACACAUAUAGGCUUGCUGUUGCUGACUACUUAAACAAAAGAAUUAAGAUUAUUGAUGUGAACCGGAAGACAAUCGUUUCUGAGAUGAAAAUGACUUCACAGCUAUGGGACGUGACAUUGUUGCCAGGCGACCAGCUAGCAGUUACACUUCCGUUUGAAAAUGCGAUACGGAUUUUGCCAUUUUCUAAUGGUUUAUCUAAAGUCAGGCUGUGUAUAUUUAAUGAGGCAUGCUAUGGGUUAGCUUUCAUUGAAGGAAACUUUAUAGCUGGGAUGAAAGAUGGAAAAGUGAAGAUAAUAAAUCUAUCACUGAAAGUUUUGAAAACACUGGACUGUGGUGGAGCAGAUGAUGUCGAUUAUGUUACAGUAUGUUCAAGCUAUAGAUAUAUCUAUGCUUCAUGUGGUAGCAGUGUAACUCGUUUCAGUAUGUCCGGUGAAGCUGUAGGACGGUAUGCACAUGAAAACCUUAAGAAGCCAUGUGGACUAACUGUACUGGAAGAUGGUUCUAUACUAAUGUGUGACAGUGGUAACAGCAGCAUUCAACUGAUUUCAAGAGACAUGAAAAACAGCAGGAUUAUACUGCAGGAAACAGAUGAUCGUAUGAACCCCGGCUGUAUGGCGCUUGAUAUUGAAGAGAUGAAACUGUACAUAGGCAGCGAAAGGAAAUGCAACUACAUGAAUGUGUAUAGUCUAAAAUAA